AUGUCUUACAGCCGGGUGACUUACGCCGAUUACCAAGCAAUCCAUUUGCAAUCGUCAGUUUAUACUCGAUUUUUGCUUGCAACUGCAUUCAUUUUGAUUUGUGAUAAUGACCUCAGGCCAAAGAAUACUGGCUUUCGGCGUGGUGUUGAAUUUGGUAUUUUUGCACAAAGUGUUCCAUUGGAUUUUGACGAUUUAGAAUUUGGACGUGAUUCGCAAAUUGUCCAGUCGCUCAUCAGGGAAGUGCGAGCCGCACCUGAACAUGUCCAGGAACUAGUCAAUCAAGAUACACAGAAAGCCUUCCUGCACAAAUACAACGACGGCGAAGGUGACAAUCAAGGUUACCACAAGCGGUCACAGGACGAAGACGGCAAGGGAUACAAACAUUUCGACAGCUACCACAAGAAGGACGGUGACAAGUACGGCUUCCAGCAUGAGACCUCUUACGGAUUAGAAAACAAGGACGAGGGAGCGGCGAGCGCCCAGAGCGGUAAAUAUGCGCACGACGAGGAGGCGGCGCCGCAGCGCGAGGAAGAAAAUGGCAAACUACGACAGGAAGCAGCAAAAUCCGAUGAAGAAGAAGUUGAAGGUGACGAUGACGAUGGCGCAGAGACGAAAAACACCUACAAAGUGGUCGAGGACGUGGGCGAGGAUUACGACAGCGGCGCCGGAAGCAGCGGCAAUUACGACGAAGCAGCGGACACCGGCCAUUACGAGGAAUCCAGCGACGGCGGCGACGAGGGAGGACAUUACACAGAAGGAGGUGAUUCUGGAGAUUAUUCCGAAUCCGAAGGCUACACGAACGACGAAGGCGACGGCGAUGGCGAAUCAGAACAUUACGAAACGGCCGAAGAAGAAGACGAUGACUAUUAAUCUUGUUAAAUAGUAAAAAAAAUCUAAAAAUCUGUUACAUUUUCUCUAGAUAAUAAGUUUGUUUCAAAAAUAAUAAACAAAAAUUUAAUCAAACAAAA